AUGUUAGGUCAUCCUUCAUGUGGAAUUCGCCCCGUUCAGUCCCAGAUCUCUCGCAUUAUUGGUGGUCGCGAGGCUCGUCCCAACUCUUGGCCGUGGCAAGUGGAUCUCUUGGUCAAUGGCACUGCUCACUUAUGUGGAGGUUCUCUGAUUGGUUCAUCCUGGGUUGUGACGUCAGGGCACUGUUUCUUCUUAUAUGACAAACCAAGUCAGUGGCAAAUCAGGGUUGGAGAACACAAUGAAUCCAAAUUCGAGGGCUAUGAAGAAAAGAUUGACAUCGCGAACAUAACAAUUCAUCCAGGAUUUCAACUCGGCAGCAAAAAUUACACGGGUGAUUACGAUAUUGCGAUCAUUAAACUCAAGAGACCAGCGGUGUUCCACAAAAGAGUUCAUUCCAUUUGUCUUCCGGACAUGGAAACCAGUUUCUCAGCUGGUAAAACCUGUUUUGCCACCGGAUGGGGAAAACAACAGGAGAAUGCUUCGGCUUAUUCGGAAGUUCUUCGAGAAGUGGAAGUUAACCUGGUGUCCAAAGAAGUCUGUAACAGCAAUAUUUCCUACAGGGGCGGGAUAAACGAGAGAUAUUUUUGCGCCGGCUUUCCAGAGGGUGGUAAAGACGCGUGUUAUGGUGAUAGUGGUGGCCCCCUGGCCUGUCAGAAAGAGGACGGUAGUUUUGUUCUGACGGGAGUGGUCAGCUGGGGUACAGGUUGUGCUAGAGCUAACAAGUAUGGGGUGUACUUGGAUGUACGAUACAUGCUGCCUUUCAUUGAGAGUGUUAUAACCGGUAAGUUUCAUGCAAAUUGCCAGAAUGCGUUUUAA